CCCCAAUGCCCGUGCCGAAGUGCAAAUCCGAAGCCGAAGUCUGGAGCUGCGAGUAUAAAUUGCCGAGAGUCGCGGCUCCAGCUCAACAUUUUACCGUUGUGUUUCGCAGCAACAACCGUUAGCCGGAAAACAGAGAGCCGGAAGCGCGUGCCGCUAAAGUUUACGGAAAUAAAGGCGGACAAAAGUUCAUCCUCUCCUGCAACUGACAAAGUGCCAAAAUCCAGAUUAAACGAUUUACGACCCAAUAAAAAAAUACAAACAAACUACAUUUUGCACAGUGCAGUGUGCAGUCGAAGAACUCUAAAGAAAAGAACUUUCCUCGCCCGCAUUUCGGAUCCGGAAAAUCGGAAAAUGUGGCCCAACUUUGUAGCCGUCAUUUCCCUGCUGUGCCUUGCAUUCUUUGCUUGGGCAAAAGCUGGACCUGUGCCAAUUGUGAAUGAGCACCAACAACUGAUGCCCAAGGUUCCCCAAUGGCACUGUCUACGCUACUUUAAGCACGAUGUCCUGAUGAUGCGUCGCUGUCGCCAUCUGCGAGUCCCUACGGCGCCGCGACUGGGCGAUGUCCUCAAGCGCAAGAAGAAAUAGUAUCCGGCCCAUAGACAAUCACCGUCAAUACUCAAAACGACUGAGCAACAAGAUCAAUUGAAUUUGAUGUUUUUAAAGGAUUUCUAAACCAGACCAAAGCUAAACCAAAUAUAUACCAAUUAUUAUAUUACUUCUGAACUAAUAAUAAGUCUAACCAAUUGUACUUCAUAGAUAUGUAAGAUUUCAAUAAAACGACUAAAAGAACUCUAAACGAAUUUAUAUGUAUCUGCAUACAAUUGGAAACUACAAUUUGACCAGUUAAUGUGCUUAAUAAGAGAUCAUUCGAAAAGUGUAUAUAACUUUAACCAAGCUAACCGCAUAAAAUAAACGAAUAAAUAAAGCUUA